AUGCGGAUCGUGGAGGUUAUCAUUGACGGGUUUAAAUCUUAUGCUGCGCGCACUGUGAUAUCGGGAUGGGACGAAUCCUUCAACUCGAUCACCGGCCUCAACGGCUCUGGCAAAUCCAACAUCCUCGACAGUAUCUGCUUUGUUCUCGGAAUCACAAAUAUGAGCACUGUACGCGCCCAGAAUUUGCAAGACCUGAUCUACAAGCGCGGCCAAGCAGGAGUCACGAAAGCCAGCGUGACCAUAGUAUUUGAUAAUCGCGACAAGUCGAAAUCACCAAUUGGGUUCGAGGAAUAUGCGAGCAUAUCGGUGACGAGGCAGAUUGUAUUGGGCGGCACCAGCAAAUACCUGAUUAAUGGACACCGCGCGCAACAGCAGACUGUGCAGAACCUUUUCCAAAGUGUGCAGCUGAAUAUCAAUAAUCCGAAUUUCUUGAUUAUGCAAGGGCGAAUUACGAAGGUGUUAAAUAUGAAGCCGGUGGAGAUUUUGUCGAUGAUUGAAGAGGCGGCUGGAACGCGUAUGUUUGAGGAUAGAAAGGAAAAGGCUGGAAAGACGAUGGCAAAGAAGGAGACAAAAGUGCGGGAAAUCGAGGGACUGCUGAAGGAGGAAAUUGAGCCGAAACUUGAGAAAUUAAGAGGGGAGAAGAGAGCUUUCUUAGAUUUCCAGCAAACUCAAAGUGACCUCGAGCGUCUGACUAGGCUUGUUGUUGCCCAUGACUAUUUGAAGAAUGGGGAGCGGUUACGCCUGGCUGGAGAGGAAUUUGACAACAAAAAGCGAAAAGUUACCGAGCUAGAGAAUAGCAUUGCGCGGCUCAAGGGUGAAAUAUCUCAUCUGGAGGAAGAUGUGAAGAGGGUAAAAGCGCUUCGAGAAAAGGAGCUUAGAAAAGGGGGCAAAUUCCAAGCGUUGGAAGACCAAGUUAAAACUCACUCCCAUGAAAUGGUGCGAUUGGCCACUCUAUUAGACUUGAAGACUUCGAGCAUGGCGGAUGAAUCUGAAAAGAGAGAAACAAUGGAAAAGACAGUGACUGAAUUGCAAGCUCUACUGAAAGGGAAACGGAAAAUUUAUGAUGAAUUACAAGCCAAGUAUGAUGAUGCAAAAGCAGGGCUGGACAGACAGACGGCUGAAGUUGAACAGAAAGAAGAACUUCUUCAAACACUGCAAACAGGCGUUGCAUCAAAGGAAGGCCAGGAAAACGGCUAUCAGGGCCAGCUUCAAGACGCGCGAAACCGACUUAGUUCCACGGCCACCGAGCAAGAACAGGCGAAACUCAAGAUAUCCCAUCUCGAAAAAAGGAUCAAAGAGGAAGAACCCAGAGCGAGGAAGGCCAAGGAGCAAAAUUCCAAUCUCCUAAGGGACCUUGAAGAACUUCGAAAACAGGCCAAAAAGCUCGAGUCAGAACUCGCCAAACAAGGAUUUGAACCGGGUAGAGAAGAAGAGAUGUACCAGGAAGAAUCCAGAUUGCAAAAGAGUAUCAGAGAGCUGCGAAGCCAGGCAGAUUCCAUGAAGCGAAAGGUUGCAAAUAUCGAUUUUAACUAUUCUGAUCCUUAUCCGAAUUUUGAUAGGUCGAAAGUUAAAGGGUUGGUCGCCCAGCUUUUCACUCUGGAUAAGGAUAAGACCCAGGCCGGAACUGCGCUCGAAAUCUGCGCCGGUGGACGUCUUUAUAAUGUUGUUGUCGAUACGGCGGAAACUGGUACUGCCCUGUUGCAAAAUGGUAAACUUCGAAAACGUGUCACGAUCAUCCCCUUGAACAAGAUUUCAUCUUUUAGGGCUUCGGCUGAGAAGAUUGCAGCUGCGAAGAAUCUGGCACCGGGGAAAGUAGAUCUUGCUUUGUCUUUGAUAGGAUACGACGAUGAGGUCGCUUCGGCGAUGCAAUAUGUCUUUGGAACAACGCUGGUUUGCCAGGAUGCUGACACCGCAAAGCGAGUUACAUUCGACCCUUCCGUGCGUAUGAAGAGCGUAACUCUCGAAGGAGACGUGUAUGAUCCUUCGGGAACCUUGUCGGGAGGAAGCUCGCCAAACUCAAGCGGCGUCCUCAUAAUCUUGCAACAACUGAAUGAACUUAUGGGGCAGCUGGCACAAAAUGAGCGAGCUCUCCGAGAUCUACAGGAAACCAUGGCGAAGGAGAAGAAGAAGAUGGACCUUGCUAGAGCUACAAAGCAAGAGUUCGAUCUUAAGGUGCAUGAGAUUAAGUUAGCCGAAGAGCAAAUAAAUGGGAAUUCGUCUUCUUCUAUUAUCCAUGCCGUUGAAGAGAUGAAAACAAAUAUCGAGCAGCUUAAGAAGGACAUUGAAGAUGCCAAGAAACGACACACCGAAGCUAGCAGAGACAUUAAGCGUAUUGAAAAGGAUAUGAGAGAAUUUAGCAGCAACAAAGAUAGCAAGCUGGCGGAAUUGCAAUCGUCGCUGGAUUCGCUCAAAAAAGGACUCAGCAAGAACUCGAUUUCUGUCAAGACGUUGCAGAAAGAGCUCCAGGCCUCACGGCUUGAUUCCGAGCAGGCUGGAAGUGACCUAAGUGCUGCGGAAGAACAGCGUGCCGAAGUCGACCAAACUUUGAAUGCUCAAAAGGAGGAAGUUGAGGCUUUGAAACGGGAGCAAGCAAAAUGCAAAAAAGCACAUGAUCUUGCUCAAGCCCAGCUCGAGGACGAACAGGCCAAACUAACUCGAUUUGACGAUGAGCUUCGAGCUUUGGAAGAGGCAUCUCGAUCCAAAGCGGCACGAAUUACAGAAGAGGGCCUUGAAUUGCAAAAGCUAGGCCACCAAAUCGAGAAGUUCCAAAAGGAUCAGCAAAAUGCCGCACAGCUGGUAGCCAGCAUGGAGAAGGAACACGAGUGGAUCUUGGAUGAAAAAGAUAGCUUUGGACGACCAGGCACGCCGUACGAUUUCAAGGGCAAAAAUAUUGCCGAAUGCAAAGCCUCCCUACGUAACCUGACGGAGCGAUUCCAAGGGAUGAAAAAGAAGAUCAACCCCAAGGUCAUGAAUAUGAUUGAUAGCGUUGAGAAGAAAGAAGUGGCGUUGAAAAAUAUGAUGAAGACUGUCAUUCGGGACAAGAAGAAGAUCGAGGAAACUAUCAUCAGUCUUGACGAGUAUAAGAAGGAAGCAUUGCAGAAGACUUGGUCCAAGGUUAACAGUGACUUUGGCCAGAUAUUUGCAGAGCUGCUUCCGGGCAGCUUCGCUAAACUUGAUCCCCCUGAGGGUAAGGAGAUUAGUGAUGGCCUGGAGGUAAAGGUUAGUCUGGGUAAAGUGUGGAAACAGAGUUUGACAGAAUUGAGCGGUGGGCAACGAUCUCUCAUCGCUCUCUCGCUUAUAAUGGCUCUUCUCCAAUUCAAGCCUGCACCCAUGUACAUCCUCGACGAAGUCGACGCUGCAUUGGACUUGUCGCACACGCAGAAUAUCGGCCGGUUGAUCAAGACACGAUUUAAGGGGUCGCAGUUUAUCGUGGUCAGCUUGAAGGAUGGCAUGUUCCAGAAUGCAAAUCGUAUUUUUAGGACUAGGUUUAGUGAGGGUACCAGCGUUGUUCAAGCGCUGACACCGGCUGAUUUGAAGUGA